CUCCCCCAGGCUGAAGGAGACAAGUCCGGACCAGGAUGAGGCCCCAGUGAAAAUGGCCAUCGCCUGAGGUUCGGACCAUGUACUCAUACAGCUGCCUGCCGCCCGAGGAGGGCGUCUGGCCGCCGGCGCUGCCCCUCACCUGCGCCUACCUGCCCGCCUCUCUGCUGCUGCCCCCCAUCCAGGCCCACAAUUUCUGCAGCCGACCCUGGAGCCUGAGUGCGGGCGAGUGGGCGGCCCCGCGGGAAUACCACUGCUUCCACGGCCCGGGCGCGCCCCUGGCUGCCGCGCCGCCCUGGUGGGCCUUCCCGCCCGUCUACGGCGCGGCCCUGCGCCCGCCCUUCCCCGCCGCCGGCGUCCCGGGGCCGUCACUGCAGGCGCCCGCGGCGGCGGGGGCAGCGGCGGCCGAGAGCUGGACGCCGUGGCCCGAGGGCAGCAGCCUGGAAGCCGAGCUGCGGUGGGGCCGCGUGGAGCGCGCGCGGGGCCCGCGCCUGGAGCUGCCGGACUUCGUGCGCCGGGAGCUGCGGCGCGCGUACGGCACGUACCCGCACACCGACGUGCGCGUCACCCACCGCCGCGGCGAGUUCCUGCUGCAGGCGGCGCCGCGCGUCCGCGAGCCCGAGUACCGCGUGGGCAGGCGCGUGGUGCGCAGGCCUGACAGCGGCGACAGCGCUGGCAGCCCGGCCCGGGAAGCGGCGGAGCGCAGCCGCCCCGGGAAGAGGAGAGGCCUGA